GUAAGAUACAGACUGAUGAAAGAUCUGUAUUGAAGGCAAAUUUUGGUCGGAUCCGCAGUCAUGACAGACUGAUGACCCCCCCAUGUUCUAUGGGUGACGUAGUCCAAGGACAGCCAUAGCUCUGCCACAUCCACAAGUAUGAGACAAAGUGAGUGAAUCCUUGCACUGACCAAAACUGGAGUAAAGGCUGAGUAACAGACUGUGGCAUGUCAACUUGAGUGGCCAUUGGUGUCCCACUGUCAUUAGUAAAUUGGUCCCUUCAAGGAAUGGGCCACCAUACUCUACGUCCCAGCGAUAGCGUUAGACGUGAGUGACCACAGCCGACAGAAGUGGCUGUGCGAGCAAUGUCGAGAGUGAUGAAGUGACUCGAGGGGCCAACAUACUUUACGUCCAAGCGAUAGCCUUAGGACUUGCAUCAGUGAGCACCCGGUGCGAUGGUUGGUGCAUUCUUGAAGAUGCAACACGCGCAGGGACUCAUUGUGUGAUAGGCUGAUUUGCAGCGACUAACCGGUUGAACCGUGGGGAUACGCUGAUUUGAGGCGACUGACCGGUCUUGCGCAUAUUGUGAAGAACGAAGUCACGUGCACGAGCGACUGCUAAAGGGAGCGCUGAAGUGGCAAGCUGGCAGCUGUAUGAAAAUGAUGUGUGACUGACCAAAAGAUUGGGUAGAUAGCUGAGUGGUGAGCAAAGAAAGAAAGGGCAUUACGGACCACGAAGGGUUUAGGGUUUAGGGUUUAGGGCUUAGGGCUUACAUUGCAAGGCAAGCACUCAGGAAGGACAGGAGGAAGGAGAAGGAUGGAGGAGGACACUGCUCCUGACCGGUCCUACAUCAUCGAUGAGGAUGAUGGGAUGCAAUGGUUAGAGCGAACCAUUGCCGAAUACAAGGAGCUGCCACGUCCGGAGAGAGGGUUCUUUGUUCGCGUGAGAGUGAAUUUGAAUGACCGACAUGUGGAGACUGUCCGUUUCAAUCCUCGUGGUUCAUUUCGACACCUAAAAGCUAUCGUCUUUCAAACUUUUGGCAUGCCAAGGAUGAGGUUUGUUACCGCAACUUACACCGACCCAGAUGGAAAUGAACGCUUUCUUGCCGACGAAGAGGACCUGUCACGUGUCUUGAUGACAAUUCAGACGUCACGUGUCACUCGUCCGUAUAACGUGGUCCGACUCAAUUUGCACAAUGUGGAUGUUAGAUCUGGAAACGACGAUGUGUCUAAACUAUGGCUUUGGAGUGAUGAUGACAAUCCAACAGUCAUUCAGCGACAUCGUAUCCCAUAACCGUCGCGGACGGAUGCACUAGUGUCGUCUUAGAUAGGAGUCUACAGGUUGCUAUUAAACGACCAGUGCCUCCACGUUUUUAGGCCGUUAACUUGGUGGAUGAAUCGGUGCGUGCGUGCGUGCGGGUCCAUAUGCAUUUGCAUCAGAGGGGGCCCAGAGGGGGCCUAAGACCCCCUGCGGCACUGGUGGUUCAAAGAGGAAGUUGAUGGAUUUGACAAGUUCUUGUUGUUGUUCUUUGCUAUGCAUUUGAGGAGCCACACAAUUUGUGCACUUCCUCCUUUUCGGUGCACAAAGCCAGCCAGUUGUUCUUCAGGGUGUGAAUUUGUGAAAGCCAUUGUGGAGGGUCAUGCGGGGCUCUGGUGAUGAUGGAUCCCCCAGCAAAACGUGGGGGCAGUGUUCAUGCAUGCACUGUGAAUUUAUUUGAUCGAAGGCGGGAGGUAGCGUCAAAAUACUUCCCAUGCACUUUACGUGCAGGAAGAGAGUCGCACGAUGCACUGUGAAAAAGGGAAUGCGCCGUGAUCCGAGAACUCAAACAGUGCACUUGUCAGAAUUAUAGCUGCCAUGUACACGACAGGCAGGUGCCGAAGAGCAUUAAUUCUGUUCAAGAAAGCGGCACUUGAUUCCUUCUCCCUCACCGAGAAGUAAGUUCAUCAAUUAGUCCGGUAUGGAAUGAAGAUGGCCUGAUGGU